UUGUCUGCUGUGAAUCCAGCUGAAGAAACCAUUCACUUCAUGGAUCCGUUAAAGAGGCGACUCAUCGCUGGUGAAUGGAAAACAAUUCUGGACAACUCCAUUAAAAUCUACAAUGCACACAAGAAUAAGAAAGGGAGGAAAACCAUUCAAUGGAAAAAUCUUGCUGGCAUUCCGGAGCAGAAAGAUAGUAAGACUUGUGGGUAUUGGAUCAUGCGCUACAUGAAGGAGAUAGUGGAAGAUAAGAAUUUGGAGUUUGCAGCUAAAUGGGAAAGAAGGACAAAUCUUAUUUACACAGAAAAGGACAUUGAUCAAGUUCGGGCAGAAUGGGCGAAGCAUGUUAUCAUGUUUCCAGAUAUGUAGUGUGCGUGCUAGGAGGUUUGUCGUACAUGAAUAGUUAGGGUCUGUUUUUGUGCAUAUUGACAUCAGCAUGCCUAUAUAGCUAGAUAUUGGAGGGUUUUUGCCUAACAAAAUGAUCGGCUUUUGCUAUUAUCGAUCAUUUUAACCUUAGCAGCUGAUUAGUCACU